UGACUCUGACCUUUGUGUGUUACAUGCACACACCGGUACACACCUGGAAGUAAAGAACAAACAGCACUGACAGCAGACAGGUGGGCUGGCUGAGGAGACAACGUUUGCCUGUGAUUUUUGUUAGACCAAGCGUGCUCUCGCUGGUGACGUCUCCAGGAACUUAAACUCUCUGUUUUGGACUCUGACCGUGAUGGGAUGGCUGCUCGCUGAGCAGAGUCACCAGACCUACAUCUGCUGCUGCUGCUUCUGCUGCAGAGAUCCGACACAGGAAACUUAGAGUGAUGGAGCUGAAACCUUCUCUGCUCUCGCACACAACUUUUUGUUGUGGUCAUUAUUAGAAGAAGAAAAACGGCAUCUUCUCCAUCUACUUGAGGAAUUCCGGCCUGUUGGCUAUUUUUGUUCUUGUGUUUGCUUUCACUAUUUUGUGAAAGGACACGUAAAAAGGAAGGAAGGGGAGUGACAGAGAGAAAGAGAGAACAACGCAGGGGGUAAGACGCAGACGACUACAGUGUGAGCGUCUUCCUGAGUGACAGUUGUUGACUGGAGCAGCUGAGAGGAGUACAAGUGGCUCUUCAUCGAUAGCUCUUCAUCUCUUUUGUCCCAGAAAACGUCGGGAGACGACAUGGUUCGGUGGUUCCACAGAGACAUCACUGGUCUGGAAGCCGAGGAGGUCCUGAAGUCUCGGGGCAUCCCUGGCAGCUUUUUGGCUCGACCCAGCAAGAAAAAUGUUGGUGAUUUCUCCCUGUCGGUCAGGGUGGGUGAUUUGGUUACCCACAUCCGCAUCCAAAACACUGGAGACUAUUAUGACCUGUAUGGUGGGGAGAAGUUCGCCACCCUGUCAGAGCUGGUGGAAUACUACACAGCAGAGAACGGCAUCCUUCAGGACAAAGACGGCACAAUCAUUGAGCUGAAAUACCCGCUGAACUGCUCCGACCCCACCACCGAGAGGUGGUACCAUGGUCACCUGUCCGGCCCGAACGCAGAGAAACUUCUCACUGCCCGAGACGAGCCGGGAACCUUCCUGGUCAGGGAGUCGUUGUCCAAGCCCGGAGACUUUGUCCUCUCUGUACUUACGGAUGAAAUAAACAAAAAUGGAGGAAAAAGAGUUUCCCACAUCAAGAUAAUGUGUCAGAACGACCGGUAUACGGUAGGAGGCUCGAAACUGUUCGACACUCUGACAGAUCUAGUGGACUUCUAUAAACUUGAAGGGAUCGAGGAGAUCUCUGGAAACUGGGUUCGUUUCAGACAGCCGUACUACUCCACCAGAGUGAACGCCGCAGACAUCGACAGCAGAGUGAGGCAGCUGGACCUGACAUCAGCCAGCGGACAGCAACAGGAGGGCGAAGGCGAGAAGAGCAAAGCGGGCUUCUGGGAAGAAUUUGACGCUCUUCAAAAAUUGGAGACGAAGGUGAAAAAGAGCAGAGAGGAAGGUCAAAGACCAGAGAAUAAGAGCAAAAACAGAUACAAGAACAUUCUUCCCUUCAACGACACCAGAGUCAUCCUGAAGAACGCUUCUCCUGAUGUCGUCGGCUCCGAUUACAUCAAUGCUAACUACGUGAAAAACAAGCUGUGGGAGUCUGUUGGACAGAAAAAGUACAUCGCCACUCAGGGAUGCCUCGCAACAACCGUCAACGAUUUCUGGCAGAUGGUGUGGCAGGAGAACACAACUGUGAUUGUCAUGACAACGAGAGAGGUGGAGAAAGGACGGAAUAAAUGCGUACCAUACUGGCCGGAAAGUCAGACUUCCAAGAACGUGGGAGACUACGUGGUAACCUGUGAGUCGGAGCGGGAAGCUUCUGAUUACAAAGUUCGACAUCUGAAGAUCGCUCCCGUGGCUAAGCCCAAUUUUUCCCGUCCAGUAUGGCACUACCAGUACCUCAGCUGGCCCGAUCACGGCGUCCCUCAGGAACCAGGCGGAGUCCUCAGCUUCCUCACCCAAGUCAACGCUAAGCAGGACGAAUUUAACACUGGUCCUAUGAUCAUCCACUGCAGCGCUGGAAUCGGUCGAACGGGAACCUUUGUGGUUGUGGACAUGAUCCUCGAGACUAUCGACACUCUAGGUCUAGACUGUGAUAUCGACAUCCCAAAAUACAUCCAGAUGGUUCGGGAGCAGCGCUCCGGUAUGGUGCAGACUGAGGCUCAGUAUAAAUUCAUCUACCUGGCUGUUUCUGAGUACAUACAGACCACCAAAGCUAAAGAAAAUGCCUUAAAGGAAACGGAAACCGAGUAUGGAAAUCUUCAACUCAAACACCAACCAGCGAGCAGGAAGGUGUCAAAGAGCAAGGAGGAUGUUUAUGAGAAUCUGUCAAAAGGAAAGAAAGACGUGAAAAAAUCGAAGACUGAGAAGAAACCCAGCUCAGUGAGGAAAAGAUAAAAGACACAGAUGUUUCAUUUGGUCGUAUUUAUGCAGGCUGUGAGUGUCUCUUGGUUGAGAUUCUUCUAAAAUAACGGUUAAAAAUUAUGAGAAGAAAACUGGUUGUCUUAAAUAUCCACAUGAAUGUUUGAAUUUACAUGUUUGCUAAAAAUAAAGAUGGAAAGGGGGGAUGAACAAUCAAUGUAUAGUGACUGAAAUUUGUGUUAAACAUAAUAAACUUUAUGGCACAUUGAC